AUGGCUGGUGCUCUUACAUCGGGAGGUAACUCUGCCUUCCGCAAUCACAAUAACAACUUUGCACAUGUGGAGGACCCCAUUGAGCGUCGUCGCCUCGCGCUGGCCGAGAUUGACAAUGCCAAGUUCGGCUGGUACCACGUUCGGGCUAUCGUCGUGGCCGGUGUCGGUUUCUUCACCGACUCCUAUGACAUCUUCGCCAUCAACUUGGCCUCCAGCAUGCUGGGUGUCGUCUUCUGGCAGGAUGCCAAGUCGAGCGCGGGCAAGAUCCCUUCCUCGGCCGACACGGCCAUCAAGGUCUCAACUUCCGGUGGCACGGUCAUUGGCCAGUUGGGUUUCGGUUGGCUCGCGGACCGCAUCGGUCGUAAGCGCAUGUACGGUAUUGAGUUGAUCAUCAUCAUCAUGGCUACUCUCGCGCAGGCUCUCUCUUCCGACUCUCGUGCUGUCUCUAUCGUUGGUAUUCUCAUCUUCUGGCGUGUCAUUAUGGGUAUCGGUAUUGGUGGCGACUAUCCUCUUUCUUCUAUUAUCACUUCCGAGUUCGCUACGACCAAAUGGCGUGGUGCUAUGAUGGGCUCCGUCUUUGCCAUGCAGGGUAUCGGUCAGUUCACGGCUGCGCUUGUCGCCCUGAUCGUGACUGUCGGCUUCAAGGAGUCCCUGGAGACUGCGAGCUCCGUGGGCAAGUGCUCUGGUGUUUGCCAGCUCGCCGUAGACAAGAUGUGGCGUGUUGUCAUCGGCUUCGGUGCUGUCCCUGCCUGCGUUGCUCUCUACUAUCGUCUGACUAUCCCUGAAACCCCCCGUUAUACUUUUGAUGUUGCUCGUGAUAUCGUCAAGGCCGAUGAGGAUGUCCGUGCCUACAUGGCUGGCAAGCGUGAGGGCCACCCCGACGAGGUCCGCCGUGCGUCUGCCAUCCAGAACCAGACCGCCGAGCUGGUUGCUCCUAAGGCUAGCUGGGCCGAUUUCUGGAACCACUACUCCCAGUGGAAGAAUGGUCGCGUCCUCCUCGGUACUGCUGGUUCUUGGUUCUUCCUUGAUGUUGCCUUCUAUGGUCUUGGUUUGAACAACUCUAUCAUUCUCGCGGCUAUCGGCUGGACUGGUGGUAGCACCGUCUACGAGUCCUUCCGUCGUAAUGCCGUUGGUAACUUGAUCCUGAUCUGCGCUGGUGCCAUUCCUGGCUACUGGGUCACCGUGGCCACCGUGGAUACCAUUGGCCGUAAGACCAUCCAACUGAUGGGCUUCAUCAUCUUGACCAUUGUCUUCAUCGUGAUCGGCUUUGCCUACGACCCUCUGCUCAAGUCCAACAACGGUCUGUUGGGUCUCUACGUCGUCGCCCAGUUCUUCUUCAAUUUCGGUCCCAACGCGACCACCUUCAUCGUCCCCGGAGAGUGCUUCCCCACCCGCUACCGUUCUACCUCGCACGGUAUCUCCGCCGCCACUGGCAAGGUUGGCGCCAUCAUUGCUCAGUGUGUGUUCGGUCCUCUGGUGCACAAGGGAGCCAAGGACUCGUCGUCCACCCCCUGGCUCAAGCACGUUAUGCAGAUCUUCGCUCUGUUCAUGCUCUGCGGCUGCUUCACCACUCUGCUCAUCCCCGAGACCAAGCGCAAGACCCUGGAGGAGCUGUCUGGGGAGGAUACUGACACCCUGGUCAACCCUUCUCCCAUGAUCCAACCUGAGAAGGAGCUCGAGGCUCAAGCCCUGCCCGUCGCCAACAGCGUCUAA